CGGGAUGUUUCAUCAUGUUAUUUUUCUGGACUUGAUAAAUGUGCGUUGUUUUUGAAAGGGUUUCCUGAUGCCUACUUUUAAUAUAACAUGAUCUUUCAAGUGAACUGUAAAGCAUUUAAUUGUGUUAAACAAUGACAUUUCUGUAUGUUUCAAAACACAUUGAACUUGAAGCUGUCUUUGAAGAUACUAAUAAUGUCUGUGUGUGCACAAGAGCCAAACUGAAAGAUGACUAUUGUAAUCCUGUUAAACUGAAAAAUGGUGACCAAGAAGACUCCAUCAGCUCUGAAGGUGAACCUGAAGCUUAUAUUCCUUUCGAGGGAGAGUAUGAACAAGAUUUCGAACUGAUGAAGAGUAUGGGACUACCUGUCAGUUUCGGAUCCCAAAAAAGUAAAAAAAUGAAAACAAAGCAUGACUAUUAUACGGAAGAAGAUUACCAUGAAUACUUUGAAGGUGAUGAAUAUGAUGAAAUUUAUGACUACGAUGACAAUUAUGAUGAUUAUCCCAUAAAUAAUGAUGUAUUACUGAAUAAAACUGUACAAGUGUCAAAUAUUCUGCAGAACUAUGACUCUUUAAGUGAUGAAUACAAAAAUGAAAUGAAUGCUGAAUGGCAGAAUUAUUGGUCGCUUCAUGGCAAUGAUAUCAUUUUGCACAGCUGGAUGACCGAGUACAAAAGCUAUUUAAACCCAGACUUUUUGAAAAAUCUACAAAAUAUGGUCAUUGAUGAAAGUAUUCCAGAAGUGGAAAAUCAGCAAACUUUUGAUGUUGUUCGGAUUUCGGAAGAUUUUCGAUCUAUGUCAUUUGAUGAUGGUAAUACAAAACCUAAUCAUGAGGAUUCUUUAUUGGUGAAUGAAGUAAACUGUGAUAUUAUAGAAAACUUAGCUGAUAACUUUUCCCAGAAUUCUUUUUGCGUAAGUGUUAGAGAAGAGACUGAUAAGGAUUUGGAUGCCGAGUUGGCAAAUUAUUUGGAAAAUUCAGGCUUGAAAUCAACCAAAGGAAUUUCGACUUUGUUCAGACCGGAAACAAAAGAGAUUAGUGAUGUGAGUGCUGAUGUAAAGCCAGAAAGUUGGGACGAUUUGUGGACUGAACAUUGCCAUAAGCAGCAUGAUCUUCAUUAUAAAGAAUUCAAAGAAUCAUUUCUUCAUAAAAUUUCACAAAAAAUAUUGGUUGAAACUAGUGAUGAUCCUGAAGAUGGAACUGGUAAUCAGUGUGAUUUUUGUGGUGAAUUUAAUUGUGAUUUUCAUAUAGAAGGUUUUGAUUAUAACAAUGAUAACAAUGAUAACUAUGAUAUCCUGAAUAAGGAAUCGUCAGACACUCAUGAAGAUUACAGAAAUGAUGCCUAUAACAUUCUUUCAGAUGCCGAGUAUUCUAACCCAGAGAUGCCUGAUGAUAUAAUUAAUGGUAGUAUGGAUGCAGUUUCUAUGAGUAUAGUUGACAGUGUGGAUUCAUCAGAAGGAACUUCCAAUUGCUUGCCAAAUUUAGAAGACGAUAAUUCACCACCAGAUCAAGUUCCUAUUAAAAUUAAAAGAAAGAUGGAAGCUGAUGAAAAUAGUGAUGAUGAAAGUAUUUCAACUCCAGUCGAUCAUAUCAAAGAAAUGGGACUUAUUGUACAGCCUAAUUCCAAUUUGAAGAUUAAACGAAAAAGUAAGCAGAGGAGAAAAAAGAAACUUCAGAGCAAUUUGAAUAGAUUGAAAUGUCCUGUUCCUAUGGUAGAUUUAACUUCUGAGGAGGGAAUCGAUGGUGCUGUUCAAUCAGAAGCAGAUGGAAGUAAUAUGCUGACAGAGACUGAAAAUGCUGAUAUGGACAAAGACUUUGAGGAGUGGUUAUCAAAUCAAAAUUCUCAAUGUGAAAAUAAUGAAGCUUCCUUUUAUUUUGAUCCCGAAAUACGAAAAUAUUGGACCCAGAGGUAUAGGUUAUUCCAAUUGUUUGAUGAAGGAAUCCAGCUUGAUAAAGAAUCAUGGUUUUCUGUUACUCCUGAGAGAAUUGCUGUUCACAUAGCAGAAAGAUGCUCCUGUGAUAUCAUAAUUGAUGCAUUUUGUGGGGCAGGAGGAAACACUAUUCAAUUUGCCAAAACUUGCAACCAUGUUAUUGCUAUUGACAAAGACCCUCACAAAAUCAAAAUGGCAAAAAACAAUGCAAAUGUUUAUGGUGUUGCUGAUAAAAUAGAUUUUAUAGUUGGUGACUUUUUGGAUGUUGCUCCAUCGCUGAAAGCAGAUGCUGUUUUCCUCAGUCCACCAUGGGGUGGACCGCAGUACUUAAAGCAGACAGAAUAUGACAUUUCAAACAUUCAGCCUGAUAUCUAUAAAACAUUUGAAAUUGCCCAGAAAAUUUCAAACAACAUAGCUCUUUUUGUGCCAAGGAACACCAUCAUUAACAAGGUGGUGCAAUUGGCAGGAGAUGGCAACCGUGUGGAGAUAGAACAAAAUGCAUUGAAUAGGAAAGUGAAAACCAUUACUGCAUAUUAUGGCGAUUUGGUGGGAAAUGUUUCUAAAGGAGAAGGAUAGCAUCAGUGUGGUACCCAAGCUUCACUUCUAUUUUUGUCAUGCAUUUUAAAUGUUAUUUCAUUCAUUAAAGUGUUUUUAAUAUUUUGUAUUAAAAUGUAAAGUA